CGGCGGUUGAGCGGGCGCGCGCGCGCGUGCUCCGUCAUGGCGACCGCGGCCCGCAAGUACUCGGUGCUGCUGCCCACCUACAACGAGCGCGAGAAUCUUCCCCUGGUGGUCUGGCUGCUGGUGAACAGCUUCAAGGAGAGUGGGAAUGAGUUCGAAAUUGUAAUUAUAGAUGACGGAAGCCCAGAUGGGACGCAGGAAGUUGCUGACCAGUUAAUAAAGAUUUAUGGAUCAGACAAAAUUCUGUUGAGACCCAGAGCAAAGAAACUUGGAUUGGGAACUGCUUACAUUCAUGGAAUGAAACAUGCCACAGGAAACUUCAUUAUUAUUAUGGAUGCUGAUCUCUCACACCAUCCCAAAUUUAUUCCAGAGUUUAUCAAAAAACAGAAAGAAGGAAAUUUUGAUAUUGUGUCUGGGACUCGAUAUAAAGGAAAUGGAGGUGUGCAUGGAUGGGAUCUAAAACGGAAAUUGAUCAGCCGAGGUGCCAACUUUUUAACCCAAGUUCUAUUACGGCCAGGUGCAUCAGAUUUAACAGGAAGCUUCAGGUUAUAUAGAAAAGAGGUUCUACAGAAACUGAUGGAGAAAUGUGUUUCAAAAGGAUAUGUUUUCCAAAUGGAAAUGAUUGUCCGGGCCAGACAGUUGGGUUAUUCUAUUGGAGAGGUUCCAAUAUCAUUUGUGGAUCGAGUCUACGGAGAAUCCAAGCUAGGAGGCAAUGAAAUAGUUUCCUUUCUGAAAGGAUUGUUGACUCUAUUUGCCACUACAUAAUAAAGAGAUUCAGUACUAUGCCAGCAUUUCUAUAGUUUAACUGAAUAAUUUAUAUUGGAAUAUGACAAAAAUUCAUUAUGGCUCUAGAGAUCAAAAUUUCAAGGUCUCUUCCAUUCAAGGUUAUGACAGCGCUGAAAAAAGUUACUUAUGUCACACUUAUGAUGUCAGAGCAUUCACGUGUUCAAAAUUUGGAUACUUGACAACUGACAUGUAUUUACAACAGUACCAAGAUCCUUUUGUGAUCACAUGAUCAAUUUUGGGAUCUGCCAAUCUGGCUUCUGACAAGCAAUGUUCAUGGGGACGUCAGUUUUAUUUAACAAUCACAUGUUUCACUUAAAGAUCAUGGGAAAAGGUUAUAAAAUUGGGCAUAACUUAAUAACUGCCUCACUUGGCAGCAGGAGUUCCAGCCCCAACUUUGGUUGUAAGUCAUGGGCUACCUGUACUUCAUAUCUGAGAAUGUAAAAGCUAAAGUUUUAAAUUUCUUCAACACUUUUAGUUAAAAAAAGGUUUUGCAUUUUAAAUGAUCUACAGGUAAUUAUCUGGAAAUAAUAAUAUAUGGAUUUCUGGAAAGAUACAUUUAUAUAGCAGCUCACGAAGCAAUUAAGAGGACUAGUACAAUGAUACAUUUCUGAUGGUACAUUUGCAUACACUACAUUCGUCUAUUUUGGAAAAUGAUAUUAAUAUUCCACUUGCAGACUAUUUGGCGGGGAUCAAAAUUUACAUUCCAAUCAUUAGUUAUAAUUGUGGAAUAUAGUUUUGUGCUUCAGCCGUUAUUUGCAAUUUAAAUGCAUAAAUAAAAUAUAAAUCCUAUUACAAAUAUCAGUUUAGGGAGAAGGGGUUUUCAGUCAUUUGUUUUAAUUAAAAAAAAAAUUCUACUCAUUCUGUAAAAUUUGACUGGGUAGGGGGGAAAACAAGUAAAAAGAGUACCUAAAUGAUCGAAGUACCACAUCUUUCAUACGCAAAAAAGAUAGAAUAGUGGGAAUUUUUUUAUUUUACAAAAUAAAAUGGACAAUCUAAAUCUAUAAAAGUAUGCAUAGUACAAAGAAGGAAAUACCUCUAUUUGAUAGAAGUUAGGAUCAUCAAUGAUAUCAGAUGACAAGUCAUGAUAAAAUUGCUUGUUAAAACAUGAUUAAAACUAUUCAUGUAAUGUGAUCUUUAAAAAUAUUUCAAAUAUAUGUAUGUGUACUUAACAGAUAAUUAUAAAUAUAUUAUCUAAUUGGAACCUUUUGAUUUUGAGGCCAUAACUUUCUGAACACUCAUUACUGGAAGACUGAUCCAUCUGUGUGUGCGUGUGUGCAAUUUCAUAUUAUUUCAAAUAGUUCAGAUAGUUACUAUGAUAAAUUAAAUUGUCUUGUUCAGAAAGUUUGAAGUUUAAAUGGUAACUUUCUCAUAGAAGCAAAGUAUGUUCUUUAAACCCCUGCUUUUAUCUCAUGUUGAACUGACUCCCUUUUCCAUUUAGUCCUGGUUGUCUUUAUUUUCUCAAAUUUCCUUGUACUGUUUAUGUCAGUUGUUUUUCCUUUUUGUAAAAUAUAGGUAAUUUAUUUGAGGACAUUAAUUCUGAAUAAAUUAAUUAUGAAAUACA